AGCAACAGGUGUGCUCGGUUGCUAGGCACCGCACAGAGAUCAGAGAGGAAAAGUGUCAGUAUGUUUUAGCAUCCAGUCUGAUUUUAAACCGUUAAUCUCUCAGUUUUUAGGUAAUAAUAUUACAUAUUUGUGUAAAUGUGUUUGCAGCAACAGUUGCUCUAACAUCUGUUUUAGAUUUUAGACGUUUUUGGAAGUUAAUUUCAUUAAGAAAUGGGUCGACACAAGUUCAACCGACCUAACAAGCGAGAUACACCUGUGAAACGAGCACUGAGCAGACGAGACAAACUUUCAGAGUGCAGGAGGCUUCUGCCCAACAAGCAUUAUGAAGCAUUUCCAGAGGAACCUGAGGUGAAGGAGAUGAAUGUCCCAACUGUCAAACCAGCCCACCCAGUGUUGACGAGCAUCAAGCCUGCCCACUGCAAAUAUGUGUUACGCCUGAGAAGCCCUGCAUUUACUGAAAACCCCAGAGACAAAGUCGUCUCGCCUGCCGCACCAGCAGGUCACCAAACCAUUCAGACGACUCCCGAGCCAGAGGCUUUUAAAGGUGGUGAAAUGCCAGUUAAAGAAGAAAAGCAAAACCUGACAGUGACUCUGGGAAGCAUCUCAUCUUCUAGCAUGGAGUCAGACACAACUUUCAGCUCUGAUGAUGAUGAUGAUGGUGAUGAGGAAGACUCCUCUGCUUCUGCAACUUCCAGCAAUCUUCCCUCCCCGGAGAUCUUCAGAAGAGAGAGCUAUGUGGAGACAUUGACUUUCCCCUUUACGGAGGAGCUGCUGGGUCUCCAUCUUCACAUAAAAAACUCCACCCUGCUGGAUGUGAGCCAUGCUGAGAGCAUCAACAUGUUUCAUCCCCCCAAUGUUUCUAACAUCCUCGAUGUCUCUACAAUCUUUGCUGAAAAGAGCUGUGAGAUCAACAAAAACAGAGGACCUGAAGCUGAGACCAAAAUACAUACAGACUCAUUUAAAACAGAGAAGGCCUUCAAGGGGAAAACUCCACCAAAACUCACCAACAGCAGGCCCAUUUCGUACAAGAAGAAGGUAUGGUUUUGCCCCAUCAUUGCUGAGACCUUUGAAGCAAAACACACACCAGCCUCCAAAUUAACCAUCCACAUGUCCAGCCCGGCUGAGCAGCUGCAGCCUGACGCAGACACAUCCAGAGCAGGUGAGAUCAACUCUAAAGAAGAAGCAUUACGACUGACGGCAACAUUGAAAAGGCCCGUACAAAGUAGCCCGGAGAAAGCCAAGUUCUUUGACUUUAUUGACAACAGUGACAGGGAUGCCUUCUUUAAAGGGAUGAGGGAAAGGUGUGUUCAUCUCAGGAGUGCUCCUUUAUUUCCUCUCACAGCUCCUGAGUACACAGAACCUUUUGUCCUGUGACAUCUGAAGACAAAAUAUUGUACGUAAAGAUUCAAGCUUUCUCCCAUAAUCUAUAGAGAUCAAGGUAUAUGAAAUAUCCUGUAAAAGACCUCAAAACAAGAUGUCAAGACUCAGUGUAUGAGGCUGAAUAAAUGUCUGAAACUGAAAAAUUAAAUGUGCACAGUUUAAUCAGCAUUUGAAUGUGUUAUUUAAAGAGAAUAAUUCCAAUUCAUGCCACACCUUGUCAUGUAUGUAGGUGCCUGCACACCAUAGACUAUCUACUUUCAUUGCUUUUCAACCUGGCGCUUAUUACAUAACCUACUGUACAAAUUGUGGCACAUCCGGUUAUGAAAAUGCACUUUUAAUACACACUGUAAGCAGUCAAACCAGCCCCGGAUUUCCAUAUUUAAAAUUUUGCAUAAUCAAACAAGUGUCUGGUGCAAAAUGACCACUAGAUGUCAGACCUGUAUUGUAUUGUACUAUAUCUUAAAUAGCUAUCUUUUCUCUUCUCUUGAUUGUGAUUGUUUGUCAAUUUUAUAUGUGAAAUAUAUACAUGUUGUUUGUGUUAUUUAAUCUCUACAAAUGUGUCAAUGCCAUAAGCGCCUUAUCUGAGCUACAAAUUCAAAUGUGAUUUUAUUUGACUUUGUGGCUUUCUAUAUUUGUGUCAUCUGUCUUUCAACACUUUUAUGUGUCGGAAAAAAAUGUCCAAAAUAACUGAUUGUACAAUAAAUACAUUUUUUAGCCUAUUUUCAUGUAUUUAUUUAGAAUUCUUGUUGGACACCCCUCUGUGUUUUUUGAAGCCAAAAUAUGGUAUGUAAAGAUUUUGGCUUUCUCCCAUAAUCUAUAGAGAUCAAAGAGGUCUGUGCGUGAAAUAUCCUGUAAAAGAGCAGUACUUCAAAACGAGAUGUCAACACUCAGUGUAACAAGUGUAUGAGGCCGACUAAAUAUGGAAAAUGUGCUUAGUUUGAUCAGUAUUUGAAUAUGUUAUUUAAAGAGAAUAAAUCAAAGGGAUGCCACCUGCACACCAUAGACCUUUCAACGUUCAUUGCUUCUCAACCUGGCCCUUAUUUUUUAUUAUUAUUAUUACAUAUUCUACAGUACAAAUUGUGUCAUAUCUGGUUAUGAAAAUGCACUUGUAUAUACACUGAAAGCAGUCAAACCAGCCCCAGAUUUCCUUUUUUAAAAUGUUAUCAAACAAGUGUCUGGUGCAAAAUGACCACUAGAUGUCAGACCUGUAUCUUAUCUAAAAUAGCCAUCUUUUCUCUUCUCCUGAGGGUGAUUGUUUGUCAAUUUUACAUGUGAAAUAUAUAUGUUUGUGU